UUUGCUUAGCUGGUAGACUCAAAACURUAACUGUGUCUUACUCAACCCAGAUGCAGAGGCCGAGCAGUGACAAGUGUGCAAAUGAGCAGCUGAGAAUCAUGCUCAGAGAACAGUGAGUACCCAAGCCCCCCAGAGUGUCUCUUAAAACCCAAUACUUCAGCCGGUAGCAAGAGCCGUUAUGACUUAUGUUGCAAAGAAGUGUGGCAUUUGCUUCCAGCCUCCUGCCAUCGUCCUCAUCUACAAGGACGAAGACAAGGACAAAACUCGCCAGCGUAUCAUGCCUAUCCGAAAUUUCUCCAAGUUCUCAGACUGUAGCAGAGCGGCUGAGCAGCUGAAGAACAACCCUCGACACAAAGCUUACCUGGAAGGAGUCUCGCUGCGUCAGCUGGAGAAGUUCUAUGGUUUGCUGAAAGGUCAUUUGGGAGGACAGAGUCUAGCUGAGAGCUUGGAACAGAUUCGUCGGGAAGAGACCAUCGACCCAGAAGAGGAUAUGAACAAAUUAGAUGAUAAAGAGCUAGCCAAAAGGAAGAGCAUCAUGGACGAGCUCUUUGAAAAGAACAGGAAGAAGAAAGAUGAUCCAGAUUUUGUCUACAAUGUUGAGGUUGAGUUUCCACAGGAUGAGCAGCUGGAGUCCUGUGGUUGGGAUGUGGAAUCAGGUGAAGAAAUCUGAUUUUGGGAAAAGAGGGACAGUUCAGGGAGAAAAUCUACAUUUCUCACGGAGAAAAUAACAUUCAUCUAUCACUUGUUUACAUUUCAUUUCAAUCAGCUUUGGCAGAACACCUGACUUGCAUCACAGCUUGCAUCGCUGUGUUCUAUUCAGCUUCAUCUUAAAAAGAAGUGUUAAAUAUUUCUAUCUUGAAAGCAAUGUUCACAUUCACUGCAUAGCUGUAGUAUUUAUUGUUGCUUGUUGGAAUGAUAACUAUAUAUUAGUCUGUUUUCUGGAUAAAUUAACAUUGCAAUGAGAAUAUUACUUUCACAGUUUCCUGAGUGAUGCUCAAGUCUGCAGCCAACGGUUGCACAAAUAUAAGUUCUUAYAUUUAAGAAGCAGAACGUUUAGAAUGAAAGUUAGUUCUGACAGUGCAGUUUAAGACCCAGGGUUGUGAAUUAAUAAGGUGUUUUCCUUAAAUGACUAAAUGAUUUUCCAUCAGUACAUGCUCGGCCCUGGGAAAAUGUGCUUGUGUUAUCCGAGGAACGUUGAGUUGAGGACUUUCUAGAAAAUUGUGUGACAGCAGAAGCUUCCCACAUUUUGACCACCUGAACUCAGUUGGAUUGUGAGGGGUCCAAGAGGAGUCAGGGCCUUCAUCUCAAGUUAAAUAUCAUCAAACAAACAGCUGCCUGAGGUAACUAAAGAGAGGUGCAAAUUGCCCCUGAGACUGAUUUAUUUCCUCUCCUUCCUCCUUCUACAACUACGUUCUACAAAUGGAUUAAAACAUUCCAGACUUGGUCAAUAAGACUUUCAUAGCACUGACAUUGGUACCUGGAAUAGUUCUCUUCCUACAAAUGGAAAUGACAGAAUCGGUCCUAUGAAAAUUGUAAAAUCAUAAUUUAAAUCAGGGUGCUCUGGAGCAGAUGAGUGAGCUUUAGU